CGCCAUGCAAGAUGCGUCCAAGGCGUCGUGUCGUGGGUGGCUCCACUGCCGGAAUGCUUCUGAAGUCGCCGCACCACACUGUGCCUGCGUUCUAGUACAUUGCGACGCAACGGCAAGGACAAACAGCACAGCGCGUCAUGCACGUCAAAGGCGUUGAAAGCCUCCACUGGCAUCGACAUGCAGCAUCCCCACGUUGGUUUGUCGCUCCCGUGCCAUGGCUAUUUUGAAACCGCCGACUCGAUUCUAAUUGGUUAAAAUUCCCAACGAUGAAGAGCCAAUCCGGGAGGCCAGCGGAGUGGUUGGUUAGCAAGUUGAAGUGGCUAUUGAGUGGUGUCGAGAGGCUGGCAGGUGGCCGACGCUAGCGUACUUUGCAAUCUCCUGGCCCGAUGGUAAAGCGAAAGAAGCAUGACAAGGACAAGUACUACAACUUGGCCCGGCAGCAAGGCUACCGCGCGCGGUCCGCCUUCAAGCUGAUCCAGCUGAACAAGAAAUACGACUUUUUGUCCAAGGCCAAGGUGUGCAUCGAUCUAUGUGCUGCGCCGGGCGGGUGGUGCCAGGUCGCAGCCAAGUACAUGCCAGCGUCGUCGAUCAUUCUCGGGAUCGAUUUGCUGCCGAUUCGACCGAUCCGCGGCGUCAAGACAUACGAAUGCGACAUCACGACCGCGCGGUGCCGGCAAAUCAUCAAACAAGAAAUGCAGAGCUGGUCCGCGGACGUGGUCCUGUGCGACGGCGCCCCCAACGUCGGGUCGGAAUACUCCAAGGACGCGUACGUGCAAAACGAACUGGCGCUCAUUGCGCUCAAGCUCGCCGUCGACGUCAUGGGCAAAGGCGGGACGUUUGUGUCCAAGGUCUUUCGCUCGCAAGAUUACAAUGCGCUGCUGUGGGUGUUCAAGCAAUUGUUCAAAAAAGUGAGCGCGACCAAGCCGCUGUCGUCGCGUAACGAGUCGGCUGAGAUCUUCGUCGUCUGUGAAGAUUACCUCGCGCCGCACAGCAUCGACCCCAAGCUCCUCGAUCCGGAGCACGUGUUUGCUCAGCUCGAAAAGGAAAAGGACUCUGGGCUCACGAUCUUUCAUCCAAAAUACGGCCAGCAAAAGCGCCAUCGCGAAGGCUAUGACGAGUCGUUGGGGCAAACGCUGACCCGGACGCUGACUGUGUCCGACUUUAUCGGGUCCAUGGACGCCAUUCGCAUGCUGACUGACGCCACGUCGAUCGCGUUCGGCCCGGACGAUGCCUUGUACAAGAACCAUUCCGCCACGACCCCCGAGAUCACAACUUGCUUGGCAGAUCUCAAGGUUCUUGGCAAAGGGGACUUUAAAAAUUUGCUCAAGUGGCGGACCAAGAUGCAAGUGUACCGCGACGAACUGCUCAAGGCGGACGCGCCCGAGGAUGACGAAGCUGUUCCCGUUGAACCCGCGCCCGUUCGCGAACUCACGGAAGACGAGAAGAAUGCUGCCGUCCGUGAAGAGUUGGCGCAGCUUCGCGCCAACGUCCUUGCCAAGAAGAAGCGCGACAAGAAAAAGGAGCGGGAAAAGAAAGCCAAGGAGCGCGUGCGUGCCGCCUUGGGCAUGAGCGAAGCCGGCAUCGAACUCACGGACGACGCACAAGCGUUCAGCCUCAAGAAGCUUGGCGUGAAGAACGUUGCCGACCUCGACGACGGCGAGUACAUGUCUGCUUCGGACGGCGACGACGAGGUUGUCGCCCCUGGUGGCACUGGCGGCGACGAUGACGAUGACACGGCAUACGAUGCGCUGCUCGAGGCGCAAAUGGACAAAUUGUACGAAAACUACAUCUCCCGCAAGGGCGACGGUGACAAGACCAAGAAGGCUGUCAAGCGCACCAAGAUCGCCAAGCGCGCGCUCGCCGGUCAAGCGCUGGUGGAGGACCACGCGAUGUUUGAUGGAGACCAGGAAGCGUAUCGCAAGCUGAUCAACCCGGACGAGAGCUCGGACGAAAGCGACGACGAUGAAGUCAAGGCCGCCAACCCCCUCGUGGUCUCGCUCAAACGCCCCGAGCGCCCCAGUGCCGUCGCGUCUCGAUGGUUCUCGGGCAGCUCGCUUUUUGAUGACGUCAAGGACGAGCUGCCCCAGGUGGUUGUAGACAAGGACGGCGAUGCGCUGCCGGCGAUGCCUCUGACGGACAAGCAAAAGCGCCACCAAAAACGCAAGGACGCAAUGGACCGAAAAGAGCGUCGUUCCGCCAAGAAGCAGCGGUUGGAAGACGAAGAGCUCGCCAAGUUGGCGUCGGACGACGACGACGGAUUCCUCGAUGACGACGCCACGGCGCACGCCAAAGAGCUGGCGCGGAAAACCCCGCUGACCGCCGCUCAAUUGCAGCGCAAGAACGAAAAGGAAGCCCUGAUCAAGGCCGGCAUGGGCACCGCCGCGCCGCCCGUAGCCGCGAGUAGUACAUUUGAAGUCGUUCAACCGGACGUCGAGUUGCCCGUGAUGGACUCGCGCCAGUACGACAGCGACCAUGAAGACUACGACGAAGAGGACAAGGCGCGUACGAUGGCGAUCGCGACCAUGAUGCUUCAGAAGCACAAGGCCAAGGACAUGAUCGACGACUCGUACAACCGAUACGCGUGGAACGAUCCAGCCGACCUCCCCGACUGGUUCUUGGACGAUGAAGAGCGCCACUACCGCCCGCAGUUGGCCGUGCCGAAACAUCUCAUGGACCAAAUGAAGGAACGAUUCAUGGAUAUCGCGACCAAGCCCGUGAAAAAGGUGGCGGAAGCCCGCGCCCGCAAGCGCCGCCAGACGCUCAAGAAGGUCAAGGCCGCCAAGAAGAAGGCCAACGACAUUGCCAACUUGCCCGACAUGUCGACGCGCGAGAAACUCAAGGCGAUCGACAAAGCCAUGAAGGCGGCCAAGACGAAGAAGGAGUCCAAGUUGUACGUCAUCAGUCGACGCGGACGAUCCGCAGCCAACACGAAGGGCUUCAAGAAGGGCGACAAGGGCGCCGUCAAGGUUGUGGACCCGCGCAUGAAAGCAGACAAGCGCAAUGCGGAAAAGAAAACCAAACGCAAGGGCGGCAAGCGCAAGUAGACAACAACCUGAUAGAACAACUCUUAAUUUAUUGGUUAUCGUAACACAAUGGAAAGGUGUUUGGCUGCUCUGACGGCACUCGAACUGUGA